ACUUACUUUUAAUUACUUAUUUGCCCCCAUCUUCUUCCUUCCUCUAACCUUUUGUUUUUUUUUUUUACCUUUCAGAUCUCACUAGAUCUUUGCGAACCUAGCAUUGGGUUUGCCUGAGUUAGUGAUAGGAAACCCAACGCCUGGGUUCGCGUCAUGAACUCAGUGCCUGAGUUCGCGUGUCACGAACCUAGCGCUUGGGUUUGCGUGGGUUCAUACGCGAACCCAACGCCUGGGUUCCCGUGGGUUUGUGACGCGAACCUAAUGCCUAGGUUUGCGUGGGGUCGUGAUGCAAACCCAAUGCCUAGGUUCAUGUGGGUUAAUGACACGAACCCAGCACCUGGGUUCGCAAAACAAACCUAUGAUCUAGACUGGGUUUGCAAUGAGCCCAACUCCUGGUUUCAUCUACUAAUUCUGUUUGAAUGCUAGGACUUUGUAUUUCAUAUUCCAUUUUUCGUUUUCACUGUCUCUAAACAUGAAUGAUGUAGAUUUAGCUUUUGAAUUUCAUCUGAUGAUUAGAUCAUUCUUAAGAACGAUUUUGAGUAUUGCAGUUGGAGAUUCAGAUCGCUUUUGUUAUGUAUCUUGCUUUUUAUAUUAGAUUUUAGCUUGCAUCUACUGAUUCUAAGUAUGAAAUAUUUUGAUUUCGUAUUUGAAUUUUGACUAUUGAUUUGAUCAUUCAAAGAAUUGGACCAUCGUAAUAAAUCCAGGUUCGCGAU